AUGCAAAGACAAGUACCUCCAAGGUUAUAUACAGAUGCUCCAAUAACAUCAGCCUUAUCGUUAAGAACAAAUCAAGCAACAGCAGAAGGUACAACAACCACCUUAGCUUCACAAAAUGCCUUUUUAUCUAAUGUAGAAGAAGAACAAAAUAAAAAAUUAGAUAAUGAAAUUGAAUAUAUUGUGACGAGUUUUCGCGAUAUCGUUAAAAGUCCCGGCUUUCAUGAAAUGGUUAGAAUGCCUGGCAGAUCUGAAGAUAGGCCCGUUGAUAAAGAUAAAUAUAGAAAUGCUUUGGAUGGAUUCCUUGUCGAGUUAAGAGCUGCAACUUUGGUACGAUCUUGUGAGUCACUUUUAACAAUGACACAUGAUUUAAAAACAACCCUUUUGUUAAAUGAUACACAAACACUAAUGAAAUUGCAUGAAGAUCGUAGAAAAGCACUAAAUGCUAGAACGUUAAAAAUAAAAUCGAAAAUUUUACAAUUAAACGAUGCUAUAAAUGAUGCUAUUUGGGAAAUGGAAAGCGUUUUAGGUGGAGGUCAACCAAAUGGUACAAAUGGUAGUUUAAGCAAUAUAAAAAUGGAAAUUAAAUAA